UGCAUUGAUUAUGCUUGGACAAAAGUUUCUAUCCUGCUACCGUAACAUUGUAUUAAACAUAAUUGUCCAUGUUUACCCUUUUCUGAUUUAUUCCAACCGCAGCUGCGCUGUUUCCCCCGUAAACUCAACUAACAAUAAGUACAUUACAAAAUGCAAAUUGCUAGUCAUCAAAGUCGCGACUUUUACUUGCGAAGAUUGCAGGAGUUCAUUGAACGUGUCAUGCGCAUGCUUUCUAGCAGAAAUCCGCAUAAUUCUGACAAUCUAGAUAGUACAGAUCGAGCAAGCACCGCCUUUACAUCAUGGGAAUAAUGAUCGACCGGAAACAACUAACAAACACCGACAGGGUAACGAAACGGAAUAUAUGUGAAUCAUAUAUUUCGGACUUUUAUUACGCCAUUCAGAUAAGCCUUUGCCUGUUGAAACCGAUCGGUGCAUGGCCAUUAGAUGACGAUAAAACUUCGAGGCUUAAGGUGGCUUUGCAUAAGCUAUCAAUGAUGAUCGCUACGUUCCUCUUAAUUUUCACUAUUGUGCCGUGGAUCAUGCAAAUCAUCAAGGAGAAAUGGAGCGUCUUCCUGAUACUCCGUACGAUAUGCCCGCUGCUCUUCAUGUUGACGGUCUUCACGAGUUACAUUUUGUUGCUGUGGCAUCAAGAUGAGUUCAAGUUCUGCAUCGAUCAUGUGGCCGAUGAUUGGCGAUGCGGGAUAAUCGUCGAAGAUCGGAAUAUCAUGCUGGCGAAUGCUAAAGUGGGCCGCAGGUUUGGUAUCGUUUCUGUGGCUUUCAUGUUCAGCGGUGGUAUGUUGUAUGGUAUGCUACCUAUGGUGUUGCCGAAUAUGGUCAAUGCAAAUAAUGUUACCGUGAGACUGCAUCCGUCCCCCUGCGAAUUUCUCGUGUUUGAUUCCAAGACUAGUCCUGCAUAUGAGAUCGUGUAUUUUUUACAACUUCUCUCCGGUUGUACUGCCUAUAGCGCAUUCUGCGGGAUUUGCAGCUUGAUGGCUCAUUUCGUCACGCAUGUGUGCGGCCAAUGUGACGUGUUAAUGGCAAUUUUUGAGGAAACCGUGGACGGUGGCAAACACAAUGACGGUUCCAUCGAGAACCGAAUAGCUACCGCGGUAACCCGGCAUUUACAUUUGCUCAGAUUGGUUUCCAACAUAAGCAAUUUAUUUACCGAGAUAUGCCUCGUGGAAUUUGUAAACGCAUCAUGUAGCAUAUGUUUAAUUUGCUACUACAUCGUAACCGACUUGAAUAAUAACGAGUCGUUUAUACAGAUUUUUAUGUAUCUUUUCGCACUCGCGUCCAUCGUUUUCAAUAUUUUUAUUUUCUGCUACAUCGGCGAUUUGCUCAAAGAGCGCUGUCAGAAAGUGGGUACCGCUUGCUAUGCAAUCGAAUGGUAUCGAAUGUCUUCUAAAAAAGCAAUUGAUUUAAUUAUUCCGAUUAUGAUAUCUCGAUAUCCUGCAACACUCACUGCUGGAAAAAUGAUGACGAUGACUUUGAUGACAUUUUCUGAUGUAAGUAAUAUCGUUUUGCUCUUUAAAUGCGGAAUAUGAUUAAAACUAUUUAAUGUAUCGCGACAGAGUUUUGUACCGAUUACAUGGAUUAUUUAGAAAUUAUAGU